AUGUGUUUUUACAACCAGAAGCGUUUCUCCUGUGGAGACUGGAGCUGGACCAGCUUCGCCCACCGGUGCAAUUACGAGUAUCGCACCGGCGAAACUUGCGGGAUGAAGCUCGUUAAUAUGACCGAGAACGACAACAGCAAGUGCCGCCUCUGCGAGAAGAUUGAAACCAAGUUCAGGCGGCGAAGCGCCGAGCUUGAUCGCCUAGAACGGUGGAAGCGAGAAGGUGCCACUUUGGUUGCCUCCAUCGAUCGGUCCCACAAGCUCAUUAUGGAGCUGGAUAAGGAAAUUUGCGUUCUGCAACGGGAACGCGAGGAUCGACGUCGAACGCUGCUGAGAUAG